AUGGAGAAACUCUGCUGCUUUAUUAUUAUUGUAGUGUUAUCAGUAAACUGCCUUUCAGUUUGCUUUGGCAGAUUAGUUGUUAACUCAACCACAGAUGAAGAAGCACUUCUUGCUUUCAAAACCAGAAUUACUUCAGAUCCCAACAAUAUCUUGACUGCUAACUGGUCGACGAAAACAUCUUUUUGCAACUGGAUUGGCAUUUCCUGCAGCAGAAAGCAGUUUAGAGUAACAGCCUUAAAUUUUUCGGGUUUUGGGUUCAGAGGAACCAUUGCUCCACAUAUUGGAAAUUUGACAAUUCUCGGUUAUUUAGACCUCAGCUCCAACAAUUUUAUGGGGAUAAUACCCUCUGAGCUUUCUAAUUUACGCCGCUUAAAAGAAAUAAAUGUGGGAUUUAACACCUUCACAGGAGAGGUACCAUCAUGGUUUGGAAUUUUACCAGAACUUGAGCACAUUCUUCUGAAUAACAAUAAUUUCUCCGGAAGCAUCCCAACAUCACGGAUGUACAACAAUUCAAAGCUGCAGACAAUAGAUAUGGAGAACAAUUUUCUAGACGGAAAUAUUCCACAAGAGAUUGCAAAUCUUUCUUCCCUGGAAACAUUAGUAUUAAGGUCUAACCAGCUUACCGGAUCCAUACCAUUUGGUAUCUUCAACAUGUCUUCUUUGAGAGUACUUGAUCUCACAGAUAAUAGCCUGUCAGGAAGGAUCCCAGAUAAUAUUUGCGAUGAUAUCUUGAAACUAACAAUACUCGAUCUCUCAAAGAAUCAACUAUAUGCGCAAAUUCCAUCAAAUAUAUACAAGUGCAGAUACCUUCAAGACCUAUCAUUAUCCAAUAAUCAUUUCAAUGGAAGCAUACCAAGUGCAAUUGGCAGUUUGACCAUGCUCAGGAGCUUAAAUCUGGGGAUGAACAACUUCAUUGGAGGAAUUCCAUUGGAAAUAGGUAAUCUUUCGCAUCUAGAGAUAUUGGGCAUGCAAGGCAUCUCACUAACAGGGAUAAUCCCAUCUUUUGUCUUUAACAUAUCUUCUCUGAGAAGAAUCAACCUUGCCAACAAUAGCCUGUCUGGAAGCCUCCCGGUUGACAUUUGCCAUAAUCUUCACGAGCUCGAGAUGCUAUUUCUUCAAUCCAAUCAGCUGACUGGCCAAAUUUCCAACGUACUGGAAUGUAAAAGGCUUCAGGUCAUAUUUUUGUCGGACAACAACUUUACAGGUGGUAUACCUACGAAACUGGGAAACCUCACUGAGCUGCAAUAUUUAUAUUUACAUAAUAACAAAUUGACAGCUGCUGUAGAAGGUGUGUUAUUGUCUUGUGGUGUGUUGAAUCCGUCGACAGUGAUUGUUGCUCUCAAUUGGUCGGCAGAUUCGGUGGAUGUCGGCUUCUGUAUACCGUUUUCCUUUGAGCAUAUACAUUCUGGAACUGGAAGUGUCACUCGAAUCUAUGAGAUGUGUAAGCAAUACUUUGGGCUUGAGAAGGGAUCAUCCAGCCUUGUUGAAUAUUAUAAUAAGCUUUGGCUAUCUGUCAGGAGAGAAAUUGCAUCAACCUCUCUCUCGUGA